GGAAAAGCGUGCGCGUGCGCCGGUAAGCAUAUAAGGCGGACGACAGCGCUCGCGCCGCAUUGCUGACAAUAGUGUGUGUGCAAUAAUGGCUGUGUUACUUUUUGUAUUUGCAGCAAUUUGCGCAGUCGGCGCCGCACCGCCGCAGCAGUAUUAUAAUGCGCAGACGCAUGCGUCACUGCAACAAGCUAUUCCACUGGAAUAUUAUUUAAGUGCAAAUAAUCCAGGAGCAGUUAACUACUACAGUCAACAACAGAAAGAAGCGAAUGAAAAUAGCGAGACGUCAUCUAGAUUAGAGAAUCUGGAUCCAAAUACAGAAGUAGAGUUAGUACCUGGUGUACAACAACCUCAGCAACCACCACAGCAGCAACCUGUGUAUCCCACUAUUCCCGGAUUGUUACCGGGCCAAAAAGUUUACAUCUUGAUGCAAGGACCCGGUGGUGUGAACUACCGACCUCUUUACAUCCUUUCACAAAUGCCUGUACAAAACCCUGGCUAUACUGGUUACCAAAACUCAAUCCUAGUGGAUCCCUCCGGCCGGCCGCUGCAGAACCCUAACGGAUUUGGUGCCCAAGUCGCUCCUUACCCGUUUGGGUAUCAAAAUCCUUACCAACCAAUUCAUGCGGGUUACAGUUUGAACCAGUUAGUUCUACAACAUCAACCUCAAAUAGAGCCUGAAGAAAAAGCUAAUGAGCAAUCAAAUUCAGAGCAAAAAUCGGCCAAGCAAGUGAAUGUGGAACAGAAAGAAAAUAUUGACUCAAGCAACGUUCGACCGUUGAAAAAUCAAAGAAAUUAAAAUUGUAAUAUAAUAUUAUUAUGUAUAAUUUAAGAUAAAAAAAAUUAUUUAAGUUUCAAACCUUUGCCACGAAUUAAACAGAAUUUUGGUUUAUUUUGCGAAAUUCGAUCCAUUGUGUUUUUGAACUGCAAGGGUAAUUAAAUAAACAGUAUUUUUAUAAU